AUGGCAGCAAUCGGACUGGUCAUGGCACCAAGUUUGCAUUGCUUUUAUCGGGUUUUGGACACGAGAAAGUUCAAAGGCUCCAAAGAAAGCAAAGUUUUGAAGAAACUGGCAUGGGACACCUCGUUCAUCCCGUUUUUCUCUUGUACUUUCAUCACAGGUACCCAACUCAAUUUAUAAAAUUUCAGUGACGAAAUCCUUUCAGUCGGAGCCAUUUAUGAAGGAAAAUCAUUUCAAGCAGCGUUUGCAGAAUACCAACGAAAAAUGUGGCACAUUUGGAAGGUUUGAGAUACUGUUUUUCAAAGAAAAACUGGUUCCCACUUGCGUAUUUCAAAUCCCAUUCAGUUUUCGUUUCAUGAGAGAAAGUUUAACGACUUCCCGGAAAAUACUCAAUUUUUGAACGAUAAAUAGAAACCGGUUCAUUUGGGUGACAGCAGAAUAGAAAAGAUCACAACCACCAAGGUUGAUAAUGAAUAAAUAAGAAGGUCUAGUUAUUGUACCGAUUCCCGGACGGUUUUUUCCCUCGGUAAUAACAAAGUAUGAUGUCCCUGUGCAAACUUGAUCUGCCUCCUACUCAAUAGUCAUACGGAUCACCUCUACACAAUAACCGCGACCAGAAACUUGUUUCUUGUGAUGCAAUGAAUGUACAUCCUCCGGGGGCGUCAGGCAUAAUUUUCCGGUGAUGUAUACUUCAUGUACGUCUUCAUUUUUACAGGUCGACUUCACACUUUGGCCCCCCGCCCAAUUAAUCAACUUCUACUUUCUGCCGCCCGCGUUGCGAGUGGUUUACGUGAAUCUCGUCUCGUUACUCUACAACUGUAUCAUGUCCUACAUUAAGAAUAACGAGCUUCAUCACACUGCCAACUAG